UCAAUUGCCCCUCCCUCACCAUCGCUCUAGUUGUCUAUUGUCUCAUAUAUUCAGUGGAAUUCAGUUUUAGUUGGUUUUUGUUACUUUUGAGAAAAAUAAAAUGGUGGUAACUCCAGAGCAAGAGCACCCAAAGAAGGCAUUUGGAUGGGCUGCUAGAGAUUCAUCUGGCGUUCUCUCUCCCUUCAAAUUCUCAAGAAGGGAAACUGGAGAGAAAGAUGUUUGUUUCAAAGUUCUGUACUGCGGGAUAUGUCAUUCGGACCUUCACAUGGUCAAGAAUGAAUGGGGUUCCUCUGUCUAUCCUCUGAUUCCCGGGCAUGAAAUAGUUGGUGUAGUGACAGAGGUGGGAAGCAAAGUACAAAAAUUCAAAGUUGGAGACAAAGUAGGUGUUGGAUGCAUGGUGGGUUCUUGCCACUCUUGCGACAGUUGUAACAACCACCUCGAGAAUUACUGCCCCAAAAUGAUACUCACUUAUGGUGCCAGGAACCUUGACGGCACCAUAACAUGUGGAGGUUACUCCGACAUCAUGGUGGCGGAUGAGCAUUUCAUAGUCCGCAUUCCAGAAAACCUACCUCUGGAUGGUGCUGCUCCUCUCCUAUGUGCUGGGAUUACAACUUACAGUCCCUUGAGAUAUUUCGGACUUGACAAACCAGGCAUGCAUGUGGGCGUGGUGGGUCUAGGUGGUCUAGGGCACCUCGCGGUAAAAUUUGCCAAGGCUAUGGGGGUUAAGGUCACAGUGAUCAGUACCUCCCCUAAUAAGAAGGAAGAAGCUAUUGAACAUCUUCAUGCUGAUUCAUUUUUGGUUAGCCGCGAUGAAGAUCAAAUGCAGGCUGCCAUGGGGACAUUGGAUGGUAUCAUUGAUACGGUUUCCGCACUCCACCCUCUAUUGCCUUUGAUUGGUUUGUUAAAGUCUCAUGGAAAGCUUGUGAUGGUUGGUGCACCCGAGAAACCACUUGAGCUUCCAGUUUUUCCUUUGCUCAUGGGAAGGAAGAUAGUGGCCGGUAGUUGCAUUGGAGGUAUGAAGGAGACACAAGAGAUGAUUGAUUUUUCAGCCAAGCACAAAAUAACAGCUGAUAUUGAGGUUAUCCCAAUUGAUUACUUGAACACUGCCAUGGAGCGCCUUGUCAAAGCGGAUGUUAGAUACCGAUUUGUUAUCGACAUUGGAAACACGUUGAUAUCUAGCUCUUAAAUUUUGCAUCAUCUGUUGUUGGAUAUUGUGGCCGGGUUGAAGGAAGAAAUUGGGUUUAAUUAAGUUGUCUCAAUUUUGUUGUCUGGUAAACUUCUCGUGUGAAAAUUAUACAUUACGAAACCAACUUGGUCCAGAUGUUGGAUUCUAAAUAAAAUGGCAAGUAUGCUUUUAUUUGGAAA